AUGAAAGUUUCAAACAAAAAUUGUUUUGUAACAACAGCACUUUUUAAAAAUAUGUCUGAUCCUUCCUUUGAACCUAUUGCUUAUAGCCCUUUGGCUACUCAGCAUAACCUCACUGUUGUUGGCUAUUGCAGAACUUCUAUAGCCGCUAUCUCCGGAUGUACGGCUGGCAUUCUUGGACUAACAGGCUUAAUGGGCUUCUUAUUUUAUUUGCUGACUAGCUGUAUACUAUCUCUUUUGAUGAUGCAAAAAGCCGGAAGCAAUUGGAGAAAGUAUUUCUUGCAAAAGUCGUCUCUUUUAAUCCACGGAAUUUUUGGAGAAAUGACUACUUACAUUCUCUUUUGGACGUUUAUUUACGGCAUGGACGUUGUGUUGUCUAUCUAG